AUGGUGGGGAACCCGCGCUUGGUGAUCAUUGCCAUCAUCAAUGUACUAGCUGCCGUCACAGGUUCGGUGCUAGUCAUGGAGUGCCUUGUAACCCACCUGAUGCCGGUGAGCAUUUUCACGCCGCCCUUCUUGAUUGCAGUGGUCCUGUCCAUGUCCAUUGACUAUGCCUUGUUUCUUUUGAGCAGAUUCCAGAAGGAGACAGCAGCAGGUGCAGCAGCAGCUGAAGCCAUGGCUAUCAGCCUUUCCACAUCUGGCCGUAUCGUCGCGCAAGCUGGUGUGAUCUUAGCAUGCUGCUUUGCCUGCUUACUGAUGACGCCAGUGCAACUGGUCAGUGCUAUGGGAGCAGGUGGGCUUGUGGCGGUGGCUGUGGCCAUGGCGGCCAACCUCACCUUGACCCCAGCUCUGAUUUUAGGAACGCGACCCACUUUCUGGAUUAGCAAGCCCAAUGCACCUUGUCGACCUUGUCGUCAAUGUCGACCUUGUCGUCAAGCUCCAGAGGGAGAUGCUGAAGCACCAGGUGACGAAGAGUUGCAUGACUCGAUGCCUUCUUCAGACAUGUUGGGUUUCACACCAGCCCUUCCACAAGGCUCGUCCACAGCCAAAAUCUUCCACAGCAUUGGUGAAGAGUUUGGAUAUGAAGUUCUUUUCCCCACAACAAUUGGGCUUGUGGCUCCAGCUGAAGUGAACCUGGAAGCGUGGAGGCUCCAGGCUUGCAAGGCUUUACAGGAGAUUGGGGAAGAGGUGUACAGAAGUGACUUCACGAGUUCAACCUUCAUGAGUGAAGUCAUCAUUGAUGGCAAGUGCUUGGCAGUUGAUGUUGCUGGAAGUCUGCUGAAGUGGUGGCAAACCAAUGGACAGGAAGGUACCGUCGCCUACAUCGACUACCCAUUGAAUCCUUUGUCCAUCGAUGGACAACGAUGGACCAAGAGCUUGCAGAGAGCUGUGGAAGACCAUCAUCGGGGCAGAUGGUAUGUGCAUGGAUAUGGUCCACUCUUGUCCAGCCAAUCUGGUGAGAUUCGCGAGUUCUUUCCAUAUUUGGUUGUUGCAACGGUUUGCGCGGUCCUUCUCAUUUCCAUUUGCUUCACACGAUCUGUUUUAUGGAGCUUGCGGGCCCUCCUUUGCCUGUUCUGGAUGUUAGCUGUUCUUUGGUGUUUGUCCUCCCUCGUCUUUCCUGAAGGGCUGUACUACAUUGUGCCUUCCAUGAUGUUGCCCUUCCUGGUGGGUGUGGCCUUGGAUUAUGACAUUUUCUAUACUGAGGCAGUCUUGGAAGAAUGCAAUGGUGGCCUCCCAGUGAAAAAGGCUGGCAUCAAAGCGCUUGAGAAGACUGCCAACAUCAUCACAGCAGCCGGA